AUGAUGCGGAUAGCCGGCAUAGGUUAUCGAUUGAAUCCACAUAGCGAGAAGGCAGGGAGGAAGAGGAGUGAUUUAACGAUGGUUCGUAAAAUCCUGAGAGAGGAGGGUAAAAACAGCAAAGUACAGCUGUCCCCAGGUAGGUCGUUUGACGCUGUAACUCUGGAAGGUGGAGCAGGAGACAUCGCUCGCAAUGUUGGUUACGUACCGUCCAUACAAAUGAGAUGGUGUUAUCGUCAACAAGUCUCCAUAGCUUUUUCCACACAAAAAGACCAGGAUUCCGUUGAGGCCCUGAUAAACGAACUGGCCGCUCGAUUUAACAGUUCGCUUCACACGGUAGAAGUGGUGAAUUUUCCAGACGAAGCCCAGUUGCUCGAUGAACUUCGUGCAGAUGCUCCCACCAAUAGCACGAGCAACAAGCACACAGCCGGAACACAAUCGCUUGAGACAGGCAUAGUGGGGGCAAUGAAGGAUGGUAGGAAUAUCCGUGCAUUCUCAUGCAUUUUUUUGUUCAGGAUUCCUGGUGAACCUCCGUACUGGUCAUCGGCUUUUCUAUCAUUUCAAUAUGCUAUUGAUAGUUUAUUUAUCGAGGCUUCCACAGCGAAUAUUACGAUUCCACCAGAACUGCGGCUAAGACGGAUGCCUGUGGCUACGUACCUUUUGAAUAGUAUCACACUUUUCUUAAGAAUCUCUUCGUACCUAUGGGGUCUUUGCGUAUUCGUAUUGGUCAUUCAUACAGCAAGAGAGAUAGUCAGUGAGAAGUGUGCAGUGAAGGCUUUUCUAUCUGUAAUGGGUCUUUCGGCUCCGGUGUUCUAUCUUUCGCAUGUGCUUUAUGCCACAGUGAAAUGCUUUAUCGUGUUUUCGAUAGGAGUUGUUCCGCUCAUAACUCGUGUAGCAUUUUCCUCUACAUAUAUUUCAGUGGUAAUCGUGUUGUGGAUUAUAUUGGUUGCGGCGCGUUACCGAGCUCCACGGGUCGACCAGAUUCUGUUCUGUGCUCUGUACUCACUGAACCCGAAUGCAGCUCUCUUCUAUGCUCUUGAAUCCUUCGCUGACUACAUGGAUCGCGGCAAGUAUAGUCGAGAAUUAUCGUGGUCAAACUGUUUCGAAAAUUUCACAUACUAUUUUACGGCUGGACCCGCGUUGGUUAUGCUGCUCGUGGAUAUAAUCUGGAUGAGCAUAGCGACGCUGCUCUUUGACUUCAUGUUUAGUGAUAGCGACUUCACUUUUUGCAAACUACCGUUCGGCAACAAGUACCGGAGUGGGUCUGCCACUAGUCUGGAAGAAAAUGAUGACAACAAUGAGACUGACGAAGGACUACGGAAAACACGAGCAGGCUGCGCUGCUAACAAGCAAAUUUUCAGAUUUGGUCUUCAACAGGCGAGCGCGCUGUUGACGGUAUGUCACUGGAAGCGUAUGUUGGACAGCAAUCACCCUGUCGANCAGGGCGAACUAGUUGUGUUGUUUAUUUGUUUUUUCUUUAACAAUUUCGUUGAGGUCACGGUACUUCUUGGGCAAAAUGGCGCUGGCAAAAGUACCACAUUUUCAGUCAUUUGUGGAAUCACAGCUCCGACAGCAGGAAAGGUCUUCAUCUGUGAUCUGGACGUACAGAAGCAUCGGUCAAAGUCCCGUAAACAAAUCGGCUUGUGUCCACAAGGGAAUGCGCUUUUCAACAAAUUAACAGUCGAUGAGCACCUUUGGCUUAUCCAUGGGAUUAAAGGAGCCGUUGGUUCCUAUAAGGAAGAAGGGCAAGAACUGCUUGAACAACUUAAAUUGGAUGAAAAAUCCAACGAGCUUGCAAAGAAUCUCUCCGGCGGUCAGAAGCGUAAGCUCUCCGUGUCGAUGGCGGUGAUCGGUCACAGUUCCGUGGUGUUACUGGAUGAACCUACAGCUGGUAUGGAUCCAGGUGCUCGAAGAGAUGUAGAGGCGCUUCUGGAAACGAUCAAAGUGGAUCGAACAGUUCUGCUUACUACUCAUUAUCUGGAUGAAGCAGAACUGCUAGGAGAUCGCGUUGCAAUCAUGGCCAGUGGUAGAGUGCACUGCUGUGGGACACCGCAGUUUUUGAAAGAGAGAUUUGGAACCGGCUAUGUGAUGACGGUCGUGGCCGCUGAGAAGGCAAGCGUUCAAGACGUUGCAGAAACAUUAACUCGCACUUCUGCAAUAUAUAUUCCUGGAGCCGAAAGAGGCAGAGUGCAUGGAAAACAAUUCGAAAUUAUCCUACCGAGGAAACAGCAAGAAAGUUUUCCACAACUAUUCGAGUACCUGGAAACGUCCAAGGAUUCUUUGAAGAUUACCAGUUUUGGUUUAUCGCUAAACACCUUGGAACAAGUGUUUCUCAGGGUGACUGAAAGUACCGAUCCGAACUAUUCUGUAGAUGCCCGUAUCAGCCGCAGUAAGGAGUUUAUUCAAGCACAGCGAGAACGGCUGUUUUCUGUGGCGACGUUCGGACCAUCUCGCAUUCCUGUGAUAGUGGAACAAUGGUCUCCGAUAGUCUAUGAGCUCGGUCCUGAUGACAACUUGACCACCUGGGUAGAGGAUUUGCCAAAGCAACUACCCGAGGCUGGAUUCGGCGCGGUGUUCGCCAACAACUCCGUCGAAGUGCUCUUUAACUCCCGAGCGUACCACUCAUUGCCAACUUCAUUGAAUGCCUACGACAAUGCACGACUGAAAAGUGAAACAGAUGCACCUGAUGGAAUCAUCCGCACCCAUCUGCUUACUUAUUCUCCCAAUAUUUCGAAUAGCAGCGGACCAUCACCUCUUCUGAGUCAAGGAUUUGUGAACUCUUUGCUGGGACCAUUCUUAGUUUUGGCCUUGGCGCUCGUAACAUCACCUUUUGUUAUUUUUCUAGUGGAAGAGCGUGUCAGCAAGUUUGCGCACCAGCNUCUGCAAUCUUUGACGGGCAUAUCUCCAGUCUUAUUCUGGGCAUCCUCGUUCCUCUUCGAUUUCCUCUUCUACUCCAUUGUUUGCGCAUGUUUCUUAGCAGUGUUCAUAAUAUGUGGUUGGAUGCAAGGGUAUCUCGGAUUCGUGAUUCUGCUAUUUGCACUGUACUUUUGGGCAUGUGUCCCGUUCAUUUACACCGUGUCCUUCAUAUUUUCAUCGCCAUCAAAGGCGAACGCUUUAUUGAUUCUCUGGCAGUUGGUGGCUGCAUUUUUUGCUAUGAUGGUGUUCAUAAUUAUUUUUGUACUUGGUGAACUGACGGUGAUAGAGCCAGCAAUCAUCGAAAUUAUCAAGGACGCUGACGAUGAUGAGGACAGAGCAGUGGCUGAAGAGCGGAUGAGCGUGCAGCAGCACGGCGGCGAUUUGGCGCUGGAGGUCAUGGAUUUGUGCAAAAUGUAUGGGCAUCUGAGAGCGGUUGAUGGUCUGACGCUAGGUGUACGGAACCGCGAAUGUUUUGGACUGCUCGGUGCGAACGGCGCUGGAAAGACAACUACUUUUGAUAUAAUCACGGGACAAUCAUUUGCCACAUCUGGAACCGCUCACAUAGGCAAACAGGACGUGACGGAGCAAGUCCCAAUCGGUUAUUGCCCUCAAUUUGACGCACUUCUUUUGGACCUAACUGGAAGAGAAUCUCUUAAGAUCCUUGCUCGUAUGCAUGGUUUUCCGCAACCAGCUGACAUAACGGAUGUUGUUCUUCGCAAUGUUGGUAUGGCGGAUCACGCGGAUAAAUUGUUGCGAUACUGCAGGUAA